AUGCCCUCUGAUCUGGCCAAGAAAAAGGCAGCCAAAAAGAAGGAAGCUGCUAAAGCUCGACAGCGACCCAGGAAAGGACAUGAAGAAAACGGAGAUGCUGCUAUAAAACCACAGAUGGCAAAGAAGAAUUUGGAGGCCAACGGCAGAGAGGCCACAGAAGUAGAUUUGCUGACCAAGGAGCUAGAAGACUUUGAAUUGAAGAAGGCUGCAGCUCGAGCUGUCACUGGCGUCCUAGCCUCUCACCCCAACAGUACUGAUGUCCACAUUAUCAACCUCUCACUCACCUUUCAUGGUCAAGAGCUGCUCAGUGACACCAAACUGGAACUGAACUCAGGCAGACGCUAUGGUCUUAUCGGCUUAAAUGGAAUUGGAAAGUCCAUGCUGCUCUCUGCUAUUGGAAAACGAGAAGUGCCCAUCCCUGAGCAUAUUGACAUCUAUCAUCUGACUAGAGAGAUGCCACCUAGUGAUAAGACACCCUUGGAGUGUGUGAUGGAAGUGGACACAGAGAGGGCCAUGCUGGAGCAGGAAGCUGAGCGGCUUGCACAUGAGGAUGCGGAAUGUGAGAAGCUGAUGGAGCUGUAUGAGCGCCUGGAAGAGCUGGAUGCUGACAAGGCAGAGAUGAGGGCCUCCAGGAUUCUGCAUGGACUGGGCUUCACACCUGCCAUGCAGCGCAAGAAGCUUAAAGACUUCAGCGGGGGCUGGAGGAUGAGGGUCGCCCUUGCCAGAGCCCUCUUUAUUCGGCCCUUCAUGCUGCUGCUGGAUGAGCCCACCAAUCACUUGGACCUCGAUGCUUGUGUGUGGUUAGAAGAAGAACUAAAAACUUUUAAGCGUAUACUGGUCCUCGUCUCCCAUUCCCAAGAUUUUCUGAAUGGUGUCUGUACCAACAUCAUUCACAUGCACAACAAGAAACUGAAGUAUUAUACGGGUAACUAUGAUCAGUAUGUGAAGACGCGGCUGGAACUUGAGGAGAACCAGAUGAAGCGCUUCCACUGGGAGCAGGACCAGAUUGCACACAUGAAGAACUACAUUGCUAGGUUUGGCCAUGGCAGUGCCAAGCUGACACGGCAAGCCCAGAGCAAAGAAAAGACACUACAGAAAAUGAUGGCCUCAGGUCUGACAGAACGAGUUGUGAGUGACAAGACAUUAUCCUUUUAUUUCCCACCAUGUGGCAAGAUCCCUCCACCGGUCAUUAUGGUACAAAAUGUGAGCUUCAAGUAUACAAAAGAUGGGCCUUGCAUCUACAACAACCUAGAGUCUGGUAUUGACCUCGACACACGAGUGGCUCUGGUAGGGCCCAAUGGAGCAGGGAAGUCAACGCUUUUGAAACUGUUAACUGGAGAGUUACUUCCCACAGAUGGAAUGAUCCGAAAACACUCUCAUGUCAAGAUAGGGCGUUAUCAUCAGCAUUUGCAAGAACAAUUGGACUUAGACCUCUCCCCUCUGGAGUACAUGAUGAAGUGCUACCCAGAAAUCAAAGAGAAGGAAGAAAUGAGGAAGAUCAUUGGGCGAUACGGUCUUACUGGAAAACAGCAGGUGAAGUUUGAAAAUGCUCCUGCAUCUGUGCCUAAGAAGAUCUUCAAUGUAUCUGUUCUUUGUACUUAA